UUUGAAUCCAGUUAUGCAACGAAGUAUUACAAUGUACAUGCUUAUUUGGAAGGUGUAGAUUCCUUUUCAAGGAAUUCUGUCCAUAGCGAAACAAACGACUGACUAGACCGGGGUGCAGAAUUCUCGGCAAUGGGUGUACUCGGAACGUUCAAGACGCUAUUCGAAUUGGUUUUUGAAUGCGAAGAUAGUAAUCCCGCAUGUCUUUUUUUCUCAUCAUCCCAGUUCAAAAAGUUCGAGAUGAGUUGCAGCACCUCAAACUUCUUGGCGUCCGCCCUGGGUAUCUGGAGAAACGAAAUUAAAAGAUUGGAGAUCAGCUCGCGAUCCACUGUUUCGGUUGUGGACUCUUUCUUGACUAAUUUCAUCGCUUUCAUUAAAUGCUCAUUCAACACAAUAGUCUCGUGUCUUAAUUUGCCAAUUGUAAGCUGCUUCUGCUUAACCUCAUUCUCAAGAUCGGUAAUUCGCAUCAGUUUUUGUUCAGCCUCUACCAGCUUCGACUUCAUCUCUUUCAGCUGCUGAUCCGCGGCAGUUGCUCUCGUGAUAUUGACCUCGAUUUGAUGUUGUAAAUCGUGCUUUUCUUCCUCAAAUGUCUGCGUAAGGUUUGUAAUCCUGGACUCCAGAUCUGUGAUCCGAUCUUGAAGUAAUUUGCGUUCCUCCUGCAGAGCCUGGUUUUCAGUAACCACACUUUCAUUUUUGGCUUUCGUUUCGUUCAUUUCAUGAAUAAGGUUUUGCUUGGAUAUCUUUUCUUCGUUCACGAUUAUUAGAUAUUCCUCGAUUUCGGACCUAAGCUCUUUAAGCUCCACUGCGUAUUUUUUAUUGGACGUUUCAAGCCUCUUGAUCUCCAAUGUUUGCUCGUCCUCUUUCAGUUGGGCACUCUUCUUGAGCAUCGUGUAGUCUUUGCUCAGCUUAUCGCAUUCUGCAUUCAAAUUUGCUGCUUCAUCUUUCAAAGACGCCACUGAUAAGUUCAGCGCGUCUAUAACUUUCUGCUUUUCCUCGACUUGACUCUCCAAAGUUUCAAUCGUCUCCUUGCAUGUCUUCAGCUCGUUUUGAGUAUUCUCCAGCUCAAUCUCUGAUUCCUUCAUUUUUUGAAAGACUGACUUCAUUGAAGACAAUCUGCUCAGCAGUGCCUGAUAGUUAGAUUGGUAUUUCUCGCAUUCCUGUGUUUUUUGUUCAAGCUGAUCUUUCAAACUAUUGGAUUCCAGUCGUGAAAUCUCUUUGUCUUUGGCUUCCAAUUGUCGCUUGAGUUCCUCUAUAAUCUCUGUUUGAUUCGCGGUAGAGACAGAGCUUUCUGUUCGCAAAGUUUGCUUGUCAUCAGCCUGUUCGCUCUCCUCUUCAACAAUGUCAUGUUCUUUGUCUUCAGGAGCAGGGCGAUUUUGUAUUUCUUCAGGCUGGUUUUCGCUCUGAUGAGUCUUUUCUACUUUUCUGUCCACAUCUGGCCCUAACUCCUUGCCAUUUUGCUUUUUCUUGUUUUUAUUCUUCGCCAUUCUGCAAUUCAAAUCUAUGUACAGGUCCGAAUUUAUUUUGAGAAUCUCCCACCCUGAAAAUGUGUUGGCAAAAAUGACAAUUAAAAAUUAUUUGUAAAUAAUGCCAAGUUUUCGGGGCCCUUUCGAAAAUUGAACACUCUACUCAAUGAACAUGGUCGACUCCUCGUAUAUCAUUCUCGCAACGGGAUUUAUUAUCAGGCUGGUAGUACCCGUUCUGUAUCCACAGAUCACUGCAAUUCUCGAUAAGUCUGUGUUGUUUUCGACGCCUAUAUCCUCGUUCAGAUCUCUGCAAGAAGGAAUAUUCUUGCUCACAAAUAACAUUGAUCCAUACAUUGGCGAGGUAGUUCACUUCCCCCCGCUUCUUCUGGCGCUUUUCUCCAAGCUGACACACUUAAACGUUGUUUUUGCAGCCCUCGACACUUCCAUAGGGUUCCUCUUGGUGCAGAUCAAUAAAAAUACAAAAUACUCCACCAAAUUCAGCUCAAAAGUGGUGGCCAUCUUCUAUGCAUUUAACCCACUGGCUAUUCUCUCGACUCUUUCCAAGUCAACAACAGUGAUCAACAAUCUUUCUCUGAUUCUAGUAUUUUACUUCACUCUCCAGAAGAAGUUCAAAGCCUCGAUCGUAAGCUUGGCAGUUUCCACAUAUCUAGCUUACUACAACUGGUAUUUUGUCGUGCCCUUGAUGUUCUCGAUCUACCAAUCUACUGGUUUACAACAGGCAGUGGUACGCUCAAUCAUCCUAUACAUUGCUUCCAUCUCGGCCUUACUGUAUUCGAGUUACAUCUUGACAAACAACUCGCUACGAUUUCUGUAUCUCAAUUACGCGUCCGUUGUGCUAUUCAAGAAAAUCGUGCCCAAUAUAGGCCUGUGGUGGUAUUUUUUCACAGAGAUCUUUGACUUCUUUAGCAGCUUCUAUCUCUCUGUGUUCAAUAUAUAUUCGUUUAUUUUUGUCGUGCCUCUGGCCACAAGGUUCCGCAACGACUUGCUAUUUGCUUCGUGGAUUCUUGCCGGGUUCAUGAAUUUUGCCAAAGCGUACCCAACGGUGACAGAUUUGAACCUGUUUUACUCAAUGUUGAUCAUAUUCAAGGUUUAUUACAAGAAGCUCAAAUUCUCUCCAUUUCUUAGUUACCUCGGAGUGAUUUUGAUUUUGACCCUGCUGCCAAUAUUCUACUACGUCUGGAUGAGCCUCAAUUCUGGAAACGCGAACUUCUUCUACGCCAUCGGCUUGGUGCUUAGCAUUCUACAAACAAUCAUACUUUCUGAUUUUCUGUGGUCCAAGAUUCAGACAGAGUAUUUCGAAUCUAAAAAUAUCAACAUUGACACGAUUGUGAAGCUCACACAGAUAUAAUAAGCUGGAACACACGCGCAGAUUCGAGCCGAUUUGAGAUCUUACCAGAUCCAUCGGAUAUAUGUCCAGCCUUCAACAUUUAGUAGAACAUCAGGUGCAGGGGUUCUAGACCACUAACAAUGCUGCUCCAAAAUCUGUAUUGUUUUACAAACGGAAUGCUUCCUCAAAAUGCAAGGAGAGAAUGGCGUUCUCUCGCUUUUCCUUAUUCAGUUGAGCUAGCAAGCCAAUCAUAUUGAAUAGAUUUACC